AAUUUUUGAACAGCCAACUCGUUAGUGGGUCUUCGGAACCCAUGGCUGGAGGAGUAUGAAACAGCAAAGUAUCAUCUAUAUCGCGACGGUGCGUCAUUGCUCAGAACUCAGCUUAAAAAGGCAAGACGAGCGGUAUCCCACGAACUGAGGUCUGUCUUAGGGGGCUUCCCACACCAUUCGUCGUGGGAGGCCUCCUACAGAUGUCGCCGUAUUCCGCCGUGUUUUUCCGGUUUAUUAGUGAGCCAAUGCUUUUGUUAAGAAAUCAGCGAGUUGUGGAGUACAGUGACACUUGUCCACUCGCGCGAGGUCACAACUUGCUUGUAGUGAGGAAUGCUGAACGCGCGAUCACCGUCUGCUGCUUGAUCUGAUUUGCCUUCGGCCGAAGAGAGAGAGCUGGAAAUUUUUGGAAGCCCCCUUCUGCAUAAUGCAUCUAACCGCCGGCGUCCGGGUGCCUCGGUGUCGCGAGACACGCGCGCACGCAGAACAUCUGCCUCUUUGGCCAAAAAACAUUUGCCACUGGAGUCGUCGGAUCCACGCUUUAAACCUGAACCAAUGCGCCAACGGUAAAGCAGGAACCCGCCGAUUACCCCUGCGGCCGACGGCAGCGAGAAUAAUGCAUACCCGCGCACUGUGUUCUUGGGCCAAGGAAUUUCAGACCUCUGACUCUUCAGAGUUUGUUUCAGCCGGAUGCAUGCGAGAUGCAGAGGACAGAAAACUUUUGUGUUUGAUUCCUUCAAAAAACAAGUUUUUUCAGUGCCCUAAAUGUCACGUUCUUCGACUGUGGUUCGCCGGCCCUCUGGCCACAUCGCCGGUGACCGCUGAAGUGGCUAGCUCCCAAAUGCCGAUCGUCUCUCCUUUGUCAGACCUCCCUGGGCGAAGUCGAGGGAUUUGUAGGUUUUCGACGGCAACGUCUGCCAGGUUUUGCGGAGCACCUGGGACUCGCUUCAACAUCGGCGCCUCCCCCCGCGAUGCAUCUUUUCUCUCUGCACAGUUGAGUGUCGCCUCGCCUGCCGAACGAUUUGCCGUCUCCAGCGACGAGUGCACCGACGCUGGUAGCAAGAGGAGCUCGUUUUUGGAUGCCGAAACAACGGUCAGAAAAGAACACCCAGAGGAUGUUGUGAGCCACGCUAUGGGAGGGGCUCUGCCUCACCCCAACCCUGGACCUGGUCCAGAGACAGCUCUACAAUUGCCAGGACGAGAAGCCAGUCUUAAGCGAGAGACAGAACCGUUUGUUGACGAGCACUCUCUGCACGAAACCCCGGAUAGACUCGCUGGUUUGCGCGGAGUUAUUUUUACAGAAGAAGAGACGACCAAACUUCUGAUGCUAGAGGGUGCAGAUCUGGACGCUAGCAUUGGCGGCUUUGAGGGAGCCUGGAGGGUUGUGCGGCACCUCUGCAUGCAGCAGAACUGGGGCCAGUCUCAGAGUUCUUCUGGAGCGGAGCAAGUGCAUGAAGCUAUCCUGGGAUCGCAGCCGAAUCGCUGUGACAAGGCACCACCGGCCGAAACAGAUGGACAUGCCACGCCGCUUGUCGCAUGCGCUGCUGCUGGUGCUGCUGCAAAUUCUACACUCGUCUCGAGAACUACAUUUGAGGACUCGCCAACUGUCGAAGAGGAUUGGACGUGGACUGAUCGAGAGCACAGCGGCUGCGUGGAGCACAUUGCACAACACGUUCUCACUCUAUCUCCCUUUCUCCACCGGAGCCCGAUGAAGGUGUGCAGCGAAACUGGGAGGCAAGCGAAGGCAAGGGGGUCACCAGACAGUUCUGUACCUGCCACAGAAGACAUAGCAAGAGACGGAAUCGAGAGGAGAUCUGGUUGCCAGCAAUCGCUGGAACCUGACUGGAGCCCUCCCCAAACAGACCAAGAAGUGACAUUGCCGCUUGCGUGUGCAUCGUCGUGCCUUCUAAAUACCUCUCUUGGUUUACCAGCUGGGCAAAUUGUUUUCAGUCUCUUGCCCGAAAAUGUCGGUACCCUGUCGAGAAGGUCAGCGCACCGACCCGUCACCCAUGCCCCUCGAUCUAGCCAAGGGUUUCCAGAGGCCGCGCGUGCGGUUGAUAACGGCGGACACAGCGAUCGGAUUGAGGAGGGAACCGGAAUUGCUGUGAAAUCAGUGGGAUAUUACCGUAAUUUGUUGCUGCCCAUUCUUUCCAGGCGAUGCUUGCACAGAGACACGACACCAGCGUAUUCGGACGCACCUAGUGAGGACAGGAAUUAUGUGUUUUGCCUGCCAAAUCGCGAGGCGAACUGUGAACGCUUGUCUUCAACCGUCUUCUGUUUCCCGAUUUUCUCAGUCGGGUCUUCUAUCCACUCCAUUCUGCCGUUCGUAACCAGAGAGCGGCCAGGUCUUCAGACACGACAGAAACCGCUCUGGUGGGGAGCCCUGGGGGAACUGGUGGCCACCCACUUGCCUUCUGGUCGACCCCGCGACUCUCCUUCCCGGACCCCCAUGCUUCGUUCUAGCUCCAGCUGCAACGGCGACGACUUCCUCGGUCCCGUACUGCAGCGGCUACCGUGCCUGGACCGGAGAGAGAAUCUUUUUCUGUUGUUUGCCUUCGCAGCGCUUCCAGCCUCCUUCAGUGGUCUACCACCGCCUGACCCGCCGCCGAGACACACCCUCCCCAUGACGGGUCGUGAUCCAGCGAUAGGGGACUUCUCAAAGGGACGGGAUCUCGGACAGAACGAAGACUCGUCUGGCUCCCAUGGUUCAUGCCGAAGCACAUCUCGGACGUCUCCACACUUCCCCCAGUUCUUUCGACACCUUAUCGAGCAGGUGUUGCCGAGUUUGCCGAGCCUCCAUCCACACCUGCUCCUCGACGUUCUGUCCUCGAGUCUGCGUCUGUCGCGCUUGAGUGCAGCCCUCCAGGCAACGCGUGCACUUGAGGUUCACGGCGAGUCCAGACACAUGCAACGCGGCAGCCGGAGGGAGAGUUCGACGCCUUGCUCUUCCGAGUUUCUGGUGGUUCUCGAGUCUGUGUUGCCGAGACUCCUCACACUCGCGUCGCCCCAGGAAACGGAGGACCCAAACCAAGAAUUCGACGCCGUCAGACUGAGGGUGGGGAGCGCGCGAUACUUUGCCGAGACAAACGCAGGGACGAAUGAUCUGUCUCAGCGCCCAGCGGAAGUCGAAGCACAUCUAAACUUGCCUCUAAGGCCUCUUAUUACUUUCAUUUCCAUUCUCAGCACGUCGAGAGGAAACUUCUGCCUACCAGAGCGCUUUGGAGAUGCCGUCACGACACUGACAGAUUACUGCUGUGCAAGGCUGCAUCAGCUUCUGCCAGCUGAUGUCACGAACCUUGUGUGUGCUUUGAGCCCUAGGAAUGAGGAACAGCAUGCCGCUGCUUCCGAUGAGUUCUCUCUCUUUCUGCUGGCUAAGUUCAUCCAAGAGCGACCGGAGCAGUUAAAGCCCGCGUGGCUCGCGCUUGUGAUUGAAGCCUACACUCGAGCUGGUCUAGAGGACUCUAUGUUCUACGAGACGCUGAGUGAACAAGUGAAAAGACAGUUUUCGGCGUUCACAACGCCCGAGCUGGUGACAGUUCUCAGUGGCUUUCAGAAGGUUCGAUUUCGAGACGAGGAACUCCUCACUUUGGUUUACACUAGCCUGGAGGAAGGCGCACGCCGCCACCUGUCUGGCACUGGUCGGUGGCUCACCUCUGCGGAGAGCGUCGGUGCUGGAUUGCGUGCAAAUCGAGGCGAGACGUGGAGGGAAACAGCUUUGCUGGGAAGCGGAUCAGCUGAAAGUCCUCAUCCAUGCUGUGCUUUGCCGAAGGCUUCUGGAGAGCCCUUGCGAUUCCCCUCUCGGUCUGUUGUCGAGACAGCCAUCAGCACAGCAGGUCUCCUGGACGUCACAGAGGUUCGGCUCAAGAGCAUGUGGCGCCUUUACGUGACGCAACUUCAAGCGGAAGUGACCGCUCUCGAUCGACGCCCCAUCGCUACCUCGAGGAGAAGGGCCUUGAUUCAUGAUGUGUCGGCGUUGCUGCCACAAGUGGUACUUCAGCAACCACAGGAAACGGCAGCGUUCAUCGAUCUGUGGUUGCAUCUAUGCGAACCGAUCUUCAGUGCCGAACUCAAACAGAGACUUGGAGCACCUGCUCAGAGACACCGACUUCUAUGUGAGGCGUAUCAGCUGGGGUUGCUGCCCCCAAUGCCGGAUUUCCAAGCAAGAGCAGAGAAGCUGAAACAGCUAGACGAAGCACUGCAGAGAACAACGGCGAAGAAUGGCCGCGGGGAUUCCUGGGCGCCAGAAUCAUCAACGUUUCACGUUGACGUGGCCUCGGCGCUGCUUUCGCUGAAUGUCCGCUACGAAGCUGAAGUUCGGGUUGCGAGGCUUUUCAUUCUCGAUCUGAUUGUCACCAUACCGCGAGAUCUCCACUGGGGACCGGCAUCAGACGAACGAGCUUCUUCGCACGAGGGGGUAAGCCCUGAAGCGCUUUCUGGCUCAGAACGGCCUGGACAGAGGUACCCGGAAGCAUCGGUCCUCGAAUUCUCUCAGGGCCACCACCUACACAACCUCGAUCAGGUGAGUUUUGUGACAGGGGUCGCUCCAGAACACACUGCGCAAAACAAGGAUGAAGAGUGGAGAGCACUGUCUGCGUCGCCUGGCGUGCGGCCCGUUGCUCACAGACUCUGUAGGAGUCGCAGUGAGAGACCAGAGGGGUCAGACUGCCACUUCUCGAACAAAACCUUUCCAGAAUGUCCCGGGGAGCUCUCUGACGCAAGCUCAAAUCACGAGAACAGACCAGGUCGCCAUCUGGUUGCUGGCCAGCAGUCAACGGUAGCAAUCGCCGCAGCAGCUUCUCCUUCGCUGCACACAAGGGGAUCACUCCCAUCCGAUGGUUCGAAAAUCUGUGGGAAGCUCCCUGGCACGUCUGUGACAGGGCAGGCGUCGUGUCUCCCGAAUGGAGACAUUCUGGAGUCUCUGAACGGAGGUGAAGGUCGCGGUCGUUCAGACUACGCUCUUGUGGCGGUCAUCCUCGAGGACGCGUCUCGUGGAACUUCGAUGCAAGAGGGCCAAGAUGGCAGUCAGGGCCGAACCAGGACCCCUGUCGGCGGACCAGGACGGACUCUCAACACGGGAAAACCCACCAGGUGGCACGGCCGCCAGGAACAACAGUGCAGCCAAGUGCCCGAGUUGCACGCGAGUCCGUAUGAGAGAGAGGUUGAACGAGAGAUCGAAGAUCCCUGGAGCGUGAAAGAAAGAAAGAAGAAAGAGUUGCCUUUCGAAAUUCCUUCAGGCUGGUGAAACUAGAGACGAUGCACGCUAGAGGUAUCGUCUAACGUGAAGAGGUGACAAGCCCCGACUUUGGUAGAGGGAACUGUCGUGAAGUGUCUCUGUCUCUUGGCGUGUGCACCACGCUGACCCAGGGAAAACAGCCUAUUCUACCCGCAUGCUUGCGAAAUAAACACGACUUGGAAAGCAAACUUCCCAGAGUAGUGCACGAUACAGGAGGCACUCAUGGAAGUCAGGGAAUGUGAACCGCCUUGCUACGGAAACUCGGAAUGUACAUGAGAAAGACCGUCAACCACCUUUCGUGUCAUCUCUUCCGUGCCGAGGCCGCUAUUCCUUCGAGCCUCAAACUGUCCAGGACACUCUGCCUGUGUACGCCUCAGGAUGAGAAUUUGUUUUCCGAAUAUAGUGAAAAUUUAAUAGUUUACAACACACGUCACAGUGGUUUAUCGUAAUUACUGUAUAAUAAUACGCCCAUCUAAUUAGUCCGUUGGUGAAGUCUGAAGUGUUACCACACCGAAGAUCCAUAAGUGUGUACCUGAGGGGAAUUGUUACUGAACAUAUCCGGGGCUGUUUUUCUGUUCGUCGGUAAGAAACAUUUUUGUGGAACACCGAGGUCGGACCCAUCACUGACACGCAGAAUCGGAAAUUGUCGCAAG